AUGAGUUAUUGGAAAAAUUUUGACGUCAAUGUGAAUGAAUUAAAAGAUUACUUCAAAACUCACAAGUCCGUCAAAGAAUUCCAAGCGCAUUCGUCGAAAGUACAUUCAGUUGGUUGGAGUUGUGACGGCAAACGUUUAGCGUCGUGUUCAUUUGAUAAAUCUGUGGCUACAUUUACAUUGGACAAAGACCGGCUGGUGAGAAAUUAG